CAUAUAAAAGUUAUUCUUACCUAUAGUCAGAUUAGGCUUUUCUAAAGAAGGAUGUCAGGCUAUAGUGUACAUCAGGGUUUCCCACCCCCCAGACCACAGACUAGUCCUAGGCCCUGUACCUAGGACUACACAGAAAGAGGUGAGCAGCAGGCAAGCCAGCAAAGCUCCAUCUGUGUUUACAGUUGCUCCCCAUCACUGCAUUACCACCUGAGCUCUCUGCCUCCUGUCAGAUCAGCAGCAGUACUGAUACUCGUAGGAGCACGAACCCUACUGUGAACCAUGCAUGUGAAUGAUCAGGGUUGUGGGCUCCUUAUGAGAAUCUAAUGCCUGAUCAUCUAAGGUGGAGCAGAGGCAGUGAAGCUAGUGCUGGGGAGUGGCUGCAAAUACAGAUUAACAUUAAUAGAGAGGUUUGAUUGCACAGAGACCAUAAUAAAUCAAUUACUUGCGGACUCGUCAAAACCCUGAUGGUGAGAAGCAAGUGACAAUUAAGCUGUAUCUGGUGGCAGGCUUUAGAGUGGCAAGUGAGUUGAUGUACUUCAGUUGUACAGCUGAAUCUGGUGGCAGGCUUUAAGUCAAAAUGCAACAUUUAUUUCAGUCUGCACAUGGCCUGCCCAUUAUUUUAUUUACCACUUCUAUCUACACCUUCCUCCUGCACUGCACACUUGUCUCAGUCACAGUUUUGAUAAGCCUACAAGCUAACCCCUAGUCACAAUGAGUAAAAACCAAACAUCACUGGAGACCUUCUUUAAAAGGGGGGAAAGACUCAAUGAUGAGACAGCAGAAGACUCUAAGACUGCCAACAAAAAGAAGCUUCAUUUAAAAGAAAAUACCAACAGUCCUACUUAAAUUAUAGGUUCAUUGCAACAGGUGAUUCACAUUCUCCAAGUCUGCUUUGUAUAUGUGGUGACCAGCUAUCCAAUGAAGCCAUAAAACCUUCAAAACUGCUUUGCCACAUGGAGACCAAGCAGCCUGUAUUAAAAGACAAGUCUUUGGAGUUUUUCAAAAGAACAAAACAUGAACAUAAAGAACAGAAGUAAUUAUUGAAAGCCACCACUUCAUCAAAUGUGUUGACACUAAGAGCAUCAUUCUUAGCGACUAACUACAUAGCUAAGAAGCCCUUUACUGUCGGUGAAGAUUUGAUACUGCCUGCUGCUAAGGACAUCUGUCAUGAACUUUUAGGAGAGGAUGCCAUUCAAAAGGUAGCACGUGUUCCUCUUUCAAGUAGCACCAUAACUAGACAAACUGAUGUAAUAACAGAGGAUACUGAGGCACAAUUGCUAGAUUUAAUGAGUCACCAUGGUACACAAUCCAGGUUGAUGAGUUGACCUAUGCAAUGCUUAGUCACCACAACAAUGCAGCAAUGCUUGCUUUUGUGCAAUAUAUUUUUCAGGAGGAUAUGCAUGAGGAUAUGUUAUGUGCACUUUUGUCGUCAACAAACACCACAGCUGCAGAACUAUUCAAGUCUUUGAAUGAUUAAAUAUCAGAAAAACUGAAUUGGUCACUUUACGUCAGUAUAUGCAUGGACAUAGUGGCUGCCAUGACUGGACGGCUUUCUGGUUUCACUUCACAGGUCAAAAAGGUUGCUUCUAAAUCUGUUCAGCGGUUUUGCGCAUAGCAUUUGAGGUUCUUCAGGGCUUGCAGUAUAUGAACAAACAUGGUAUAGUACACAGGGCAUUGUCUCCUCAUAAUAUCCUGUUGGACCGAAAGGGACAUAUUAAAUUGGCUAAAUUUGGACUUUAUCACAUGACAGCUCAUGGUGAUGAUGUUGAUUUCCCAAUAGGGUAUCCCUCAUACUUGGCCCCUGAGGUAAUUGCACAGGGAAUUUUCAAAACCACUGAUCACAUGCCAAGUAAAAAACCAUUGCCUUCUGGCCCCAAAUCAGAUGUAUGGUCUCUUGGAAUCAUUUUAUUUGAGCUUUGUGUGGGAAGAAAAUUAUUUCAGAGCUUGGAUAUUUCUGAAAGACUAAAAUUUUUGCUUACUUUGGACUGUGUAGAUGACACUUUAAUAGUUCUGGCUGAAGAGCAUGGUUGUUUGGACAUUAUAAAGGAGCUUCCUGAAACUGUGAUAGAUCUUUUAAAGAAGUGCCUCACCUUCCAUCCUUCUAAGAGGCCAACCCCAAAUGAAUUAAUGAAGGACAAAGUGUUCAGUGAGGUGUCACCUUUAUAUACCCCGUUUACGAAACCUGCCAGUCUGUUUUCAUCUUCUCUGAGAUGUGCUGAUUUAACUCUGCCUGAGGAUAUCAGUCAGUUGUGUAAAGAUUUAAAUAGUGAUUACCUGUCAGAAAGAUCUAUUGAAGAAGUUUAUUACCUUUGGUGUUUGGCUGGAGGUGACUUGGAGAAAGAGCUUGUCAACAAGGAGAUCAUUCGAUCCAAACCACCUAUCUGCACACUCCCCAAUUUUCUCUUUGAAGAUGGUGAAAGCUUUGGACAAGGUCGAGAUAGAAGCUCACUUUUAGAUGAUACCACUGUGACAUUAUCGUUAUGCCAGCUAAGAAAUAGAUUGAAAGACGUUGGUGGAGAAGCAUUUUACCCAUUACUUGAAGAUGACCAGUCUAAUUUACCUCAUUCAAACAGCAAUAAUGAGUUGUCUGCAGCUGCCACUCUCCCUUUAAUCAUCAGAGAGAAGGACACAGAGUACCAGCUAAAUAGAAUUAUUCUCUUUGACAGGCUGCUAAAGGCUUAUCCAUAUAAAAAAAAUCAAAUCUGGAAGGAAGCAAGAGUUGACAUUCCUCCUCUUAUGAGAGGUUUAACCUGGGCUGCUCUUCUGGGAGUUGAGGGAGAUAUUCAUGCCAAGUACGAUGCAAUUGAUAAAGACACUCCAAUUCCUACAGAUAGACAAAUUGAAGUGGAUAUUCCUCGCUGUCAUCAGUACGAUGAACUGUUAUCAUCACCAGAAGGUCAUGCAAAAUUUAGGCGUGUAUUAAAAGCCUGGGUAGUGUCUCAUCCUGAUCUUGUGUAUUGGCAAGGUCUUGACUCACUCUGUGCUCCAUUCCUAUAUCUAAACUUCAAUAAUGAAGCUUUGGCUUAUGCAUGUAUGUCUGCUUUUAUUCCCAAAUAUCUGUAUAACUUCUUCUUAAAAGACAACUCACAUGUAAUACAAGAGUAUCUGACUGUCUUCUCUCAGAUGAUUGCAUUUCAUGAUCCAGAGCUGAGUAAUCAUCUCAAUGAGAUUGGCUUCAUUCCAGAUCUCUAUGCCAUCCCUUGGUUUCUCACCAUGUUUACUCAUGUGUUUCCACUACACAAAAUUUUCCACCUCUGGGAUACCUUACUACUUGGGAAUUCCUCUUUCCCAUUCUGUAUUGGAGUAGCAAUUCUUCAGCAGUUGCGGGACCGGCUUUUGGCUAAUGGCUUUAAUGAGUGCAUUCUUCUCUUCUCCGAUUUACCAGAAAUUGACAUUGAACGCUGUGUGAGAGAAUCUAUCAACCUGUUUUGUUGGACUCCUAAAAGUGCUACUUACAGACAGCAUGCUCAACCUCCAAAGCCAACUUCUGACAGCAGUGGAGUCAGAAGUUCGGCACCUUAUUUCUCUGCUGAGUGUCCAGAUCCUCCAAAGACAGAUCUGUCAAGAGAAUCUAUCCCAUUAAAUGACCUAAAGUCAGAAGUAUCACCACGGAUUUCAGCAGAGGACCUGAUUGACUUGUGUGAGCUCACAAUGACAGGCCACUUCAAAACACCCACCAAGAAAACAAAGUCCAGUAAACCAAAGCUCCUGGUGGUUGACAUCCGGAAUAGUGAAGACUUUAUUCGUGGUCACAUUUCAGGAAGCAUCAACAUUCCAUUCAGUGCUGCCUUCACUGCAGAAGGGGAGCUUACCCAGGGCCCUUACACUGCUAUGCUGCAGAACUUCAAAGGGAAGGUCAUUGUCAUCGUGGGGCAUGUGGCAAAGCACACAGCUGAGUUUGCAGCUCACCUUGUGAAGAUGAAAUAUCCAAGAAUCUGUAUUCUAGAUGGUGGCAUUAAUAAAAUCAAGCCAACAGGCCUCCUCACUGUCCCAUCUCCUCAAAUAUGAAGAACCAAGAGUGUGACUGCCAAAAGUCAGCGUGGCAUCAGCACCAACAGUACAGUUCUUCAUAUCCAUGCCACUCUCCGACAAAACUAGAUGUCUAGAUUGUUGCAUUUCCAUAAAGUUUGUCACAUUUUUAAAAAUCUCAUAACCCACAUGUUCAGCUAUCCACGCAAGAAACUUGACUGUACAUGUAUUGCUGAAAGAAUUUUUCUUAACAGUGAAAUGUGAUCAUAUAUUUUUACUACACUGCCACAUAAAGCCCAAGAAAUUCAGCUGACGAGACAGAUUUAGCAUUAUCAAGAAAUCCCAGUUGCCCUGAAAAAGCUGUCCUCCAUUGUACUGAACGGACAGUCCUGUUGAUUGUAUUAUUUAGAAACAUACACUGAAUGUGGGCUGAAAUCAUCAUCUUUCCAUGAUAAUGAAAAUUGAGAAACUAUUCACAAUGCAUUCCUUAUAAAUAAAUGCUACAUUUAGUAACUCAUUUCACCCAAACAAGGGUGUGUGUGUGUAGAGGAAGUGGAGUUUAUCCCAUUGCAGAAAGUAGUAAUAUUUACUCCCAGAAAAAUGACAUUUAGAAACCAUUCAUAUUUGAUAGACUAUUUGGUCAGUUCCUGUAGCAAAGAAGAAUGGCUUCAACAAAUUUUCUAGUUUCUUUAUCACAUGAAAUUCUGUACAGUCAGUCUAGGGCUAGUAUACUGGUUUCCGGAUCGUUAAGAACUCAUUAUCUUCUCUCAUUGCUUUACCAACCUCAAUACGUGUCAUCAUCUCAUGGAUGAAAAUGGCUCCUCAGCUUCUACCAUCACAUCUGCUAUCUAGAAGGAAGAGAAUGAGGGAAGGAGGGAGGGGAUGAAGAGAAAAAAAGGAA